AUGCUCCUUACAUUGAUGGUCGGUGGGAAGAAUGCUCCUUACAUUGGAGGCCGGUGGGAAGAAUGCUCCUUACAUUGAUGGUCGGUGGGAAGAAUGCUCCUUACAUUGAUGGUCGGUGGGAAGAAUGCUCCUUACAUUGGAGGCCGGUGGGAAGAAUGCUUCUUACAUUGGAGGCCGGUGGGAAUAAUGCUCCUUACAUUGGAGGUCGGUGGGAAGAAUGCUCCUUACAUUGGAGGUCGGUGGGAAGAAUGCUCCUUACAUUGGAGGUCGGUGGGAAAAAUGCUCCUUACAUUGGAGGUCGGUGGGAAGAAUGCUCCUUACAUCGGUGGUCAGUGGGAAGAAUGCUCCUCACAUCGGUGGUCAGUGGGAAGAAUGCUCCUCACAUCGGUGGUCAGUGGGAAGAAUGCUCCUCACAUUGGAGGUCAGUGGGAAGAAUGCCCCUCACAUCGGUGGUCAGUGGGAAG